AUGAAGACGAAACACAACCGACAGGCUCUAGACCGAGCACAGAAGACACCCGCCACGCGGAUCAUAAGGUGCUACAAAACGGUCUCCCUAGAGGCGGCCCUAGUCAUGGCCAAGACCAUACGUGGAGGAAGAGAUCUCCACCUGGUUGUCGCUGGCGGCUUCGACUCCGGAAACAAGGAAAACAUUGAGCAUAACAACGAGCUCGUGGGGCUCGCCACAAAGCUGGAUAUUGGAAAUCACGUGACGUUCCUCAAAUCCCCGUCCGAUAAGAAGCAGCAGCUCUUGAUGCAUCUUUGCUUAGCGGUCGUCUACACGCCGGAGAACGAACAUUUCGGCAUCGUCCCAAUCGAAGCGAUGUAUUCAAUGAGACCGGUGAUUGCCACCAACACGGGCGGACCUCUGGAAACGAUCGAACACAACUCGACGGGCUUCCUUUGCGAGCCCACUGGAGACGCUUUCGGCAGAGCGAUGCUAGAAAUCGCAACGAGCCCGAGACGCACCGUGAAGGAAAUGGGUAGCGCCGGAAGGAAACGAGUUGUCACGCUCUUCUCAUUCGAGGCAUUCCAACGAGGAUUAUGCGAACUUCUUGAGAAGCUGGUCCCGGAAAGACGUGGACGGGAGCGGGAGUGA